GAGAUGGAGCCCAAGGACCAGCAGCUCAUGGUGGCGCUUCGAAUCCGUCCACUCAAUGCAGCAGAGUUGGAGGAAGGAGCCACCGUCAUUGCCCACAAAGUGGGGGACCAGGUGGUUGUGCUUAUGGACCCCAAUGAGGAUCCUGAGGACCCUCUGCGUGCACACCGGUCACGGGAGCGCACCUUCAUUUUCGACACUGUUUUCGACCAGCAAGCAUCACAGGAAGACGUGUACUGUGCCACCAUCCAGCAUUUAGUGGAAGGCGUCAUUUCUGGAUACAACGCAACAGUGUUUGCCUACGGCCCCUCAGGUGCAGGGAAGACCCAUACCAUGCUGGGCAUGGAUGCGGAGCCUGGCAUCUACCUGCAGACCCUCACUGACCUCUUCCAGGCCAUCGAGAAGACCCGGGACAACAUGGACUAUAGCGUGUCUAUAUCUUAUCUUGAGAUUUAUAAUGAAGUGAUCCGGGACCUUCUGAACCCAUCCUCAGGGUUUCUGGACUUGAGGGAAGAUUCUAAGGGCAGCAUCCAGAUUGCAGGCAUCACAGAGGUCUCCACCUCCAAUGCCCAAGAGAUCAUGCAGCUCCUCACCAGAGGAAAUCGGCAGCGCACGCAGGAACCCACAGCCACCAACAAGACGUCAUCCCGCUCCCACGCUGUGCUGCAGGUCACUGUGCACCAGCAGAGCCGCAGCACAGACCUGGCAGAGGAAGCGCGCCUUGGGAGGCUCUUUAUGGUGGACCUGGCGGGCUCAGAAAGGGCAUGCCAGACCCAGAACCGGGGCAAGAGGAUGAAGGAGGGCGCACACAUCAACCGCUCGCUGCUAGCACUGGGUAACUGCAUUAACGCGCUCAGUGAGAAGGGUGGCAGCCGGGCGCAGUAUGUGAACUUCCGCGAUAGCAAACUCACGCGUCUGUUGAAGGAUGCCCUGGGAGGGAACAGCCGCACAGUAAUGAUUGCCCACAUUAGCCCAGCAAGUACCAGCUUCGAGGAGUCGCGGACCACACUACUUUAUGCCUACAGGGCAAAGAACAUCAAGACGCGGGUCAAGCGCAACCUAUUGAAUGUCUCCUACCGCAUCGCACAGUACACGGAUGUCAUCUCUGACCUACGCAGGGAGAUCGAACACCUUAAAUCAAAAAUUGAGAAACAAGAGAAGAAGAAAAGCGAAUCUGGCGUCCCAGAUGUACAAGUCACAAUCACCCCCCACGACACAGAGGAGGACAGCCGCCUGCAGAUGAAUAAGAUCCGGGCACAACUCAUCGGGGCCUUCAAGGAGCAGAUGGAGAUGCGGCGCAGCCUGGUGGAGCUGGAGAACACCAACAUCGAGCUGCACAUGGACAUGUCUCGCCACCUGCUGACCAUCGCAGACUGGGAAUGGGAGAAGACCCACCACCACGUGCCCAGGGACAAGGGUGACCCAGAGAAGGAUGAGGAGCCUGCAGAUGCUGAUGGGGAUGAGGGCGAGUCUGUGGAGCCGCACGAAGUGGUUCUGGCCAGAGARGAAGUCGGCCUGCUUUUAGCUGAGCAGCGGAAAACUGCGGCUCUCAAGGCCGGGCUGGAGCAACGCCUGGCCCAUGCCAAGCAGAAAGCCUCACAGAUGGAGAAGCUGCUGCCUGAGCAAGUCACCAGUGAGGACCAGCGAGAGGUGCUGAGGCUGCUGUGCAGGGCCCACGAGCUAGAGGUGGAGAACACGGAGCUGCAGGCCAACAGCCUGUACUGGAAGAACUUGCUGUGCCAGAAGGACUUUGUGAUCCAGCGCUACCACCAGCACCGGCUGCUCUGUGAGCAGGUCAUCCAGGAGCAGCGGCAGCUGAUGCAGGACAGUGGUAUCCAGGUUCCAGAGUCUCUGGAUAAGCAGUACCGGCUGUACUCCCAGGAGCAGAGCGAGGGCACACUGGACCGCCUGCUGCUGCUGCACUCAGUGAUGUCUGGGCCCCUCCAGAAGCCGAGCUCCCUGAAUAUGAAGAGCCUGCUGUCCAAGGUGUACCCCCCAGCUGGGUUGGAGCUGGGCACCCUGUGGCCAGCAAGGGAGGCUGGCAGCCUAGCCCUGACCACCCAGGUGCUCAAGGAGAUGGCCCUGGGCACCAAAAACAUUGCCCUCAUUGCAGCCAGCCGACGUUCCAAAGCACAGGAUUGGGAGGGCAACAGCAGGCGCUCCUCCCGCCACCUCCUAGAGGAGGCAACCCUGGAUUCCAGAGACCUCAAGCCCAGCACCACCCCUGACCCCACCCUGGCAGAUAGGAGCUGGCCCCAUGCCAGCCCACGCAGGGACCAUUCCAUGGACAGGAAGUCCAGGAGGAAACGCUCACCCUCGCUUACCUGGAGCGUGCAUUCGGAGAAACUUCAGCCCCACUCUGUGGAGCACCUGGUGGACAGCCAGCUGCCCCCAGCGCACCUUCAGCAGUCAAAGUCGCCAGGAAAGAGCUUUCUCCCUGCUGUCCCCGUGGCCUCCAAGAUAAAACCCAGCCUCAGUUUCCACACAGGUUUGUCCAUUAGCGCCAUGCCCCAUGUCUCCAUGAAGCUGAAGUGA